AUGUCGAAAUUCACAUCAAGAACCAUUCACAAAGCUUUUACAGCAAUUGAACAUACAGAAGGAGUAGGAGCCCGGGUACGUCGAUCGAUUGGCAUCAUAGGCAUGUUUAACUUUACCCCCUUUGUUGCAUUUGACCACUUUUACGUCUCCCCCAAUGCAGGAUUCCCCGACCAUCCACACCGCGGCCAGGAAACCAUAACGUACAUGCUCAAAGGAUACAUGGACCACGAAGACUUUACCGGGUCGGCUGGGACAUUGGGACCUGGAGACUUGCAGUUUAUGACAGCUGGGCGCGGAAUUGUACACGCGGAAAUGCCAAGAGUCGCACCUGAAGACAGUAGCACUUCAGUUGCUGAAGGAUUGCAAUUAUGGGUUGAUUUACCUGAGAAUUUAAAAAAUACAGAACCGCGGUAUCGCGAUCUGCGAAAAGAGGAGAUUCCAACCAUCACACCAAACCCAAAGGUCCAAAUCAAGGUGAUUUCUGGGAUUUCGCACGGAACAGAGUCUGUGAAGGAUCUUGCGUAUACACCUGUUUGGUUUUUCGAUGUGACUAUACAGCCAGGUGGACGGGUGGAGCAGCCGCUUCCUCUGGAGUUUAAUGCGUUUGUGUACAUAUUAGCGGGCGAGGUGGAGGUUGCAGGCAAGGUGUACCCAAAGUACACCAACUUAUUUCUGGGGUCCGAGGGUGAUGGCGUUGUGGUAGGUGUUAGGGAAGAUGCACAAGAAGCUGCGCAAGUUGCAAUUAUAGCUGGACAGAGGUUGGAGCAGCCGAUUAUUCAACAUGGUCCGUUUGUGCUGUCGUCUCGGGACCAAGUGAUUCAAGCACUUAGAGACUAUGACGGACGCAAAAAUGGGUUUGAGCGGGCCAGAGGGUGGCGAAGCGAAAUUGGUCGGCGAAUGACCCGACAUGAUCGAUCUUGA